CUUUCCUCCUUCUCUCUUCACCGUCUGCCUCUCAUUCAUAUACGUUUACACACACACACACACACUCCAGAACCCUCUUCGUUGAUUGAUUCAUCCAUUUCUCUUCAGGUUUCUGUAAAACAGGGUAAAGAUUGAAGCUUUCAAGUUUAAUCUCGAGAAAGCCAUGGUGAGUCCAAUCGGAAAAAUGGAGCGCCAAGAAUUUGGUCCGCCUUGGUUGAUACCAAUGCUAAGAGCUGAUUACUUUGUUACUUGUCGUUUCCAUGGAGAUGCCAAUAAAAGCGAAUGUAAUAUGUAUUGUUUGGAUUGCUGUGGUAAUUCCCUCUGUUCUUACUGUUUGACCCAUCACAAAGACCAUCGUGUUGUUCAGAUUCGGCGAUCUUCGUACCAUAACGUGGUUAGGGUGAAUGAGAUUCAAAGAUAUCUGGACAUUUCUUGUGUUCAAACGUACAUUAUUAAUAGUGCCAAGAUAGUGUUCUUGAACGAACGACCACAGCCUAGGCCCGGAAAAGGAGUCACCAACCAUUGCGAGAUUUGUGGCCGGAGCCUCGUCGAUGCUUUUCGGUUUUGUUCCCUUGGUUGUAAGCUCGGGGGGAUGAAGCGUGGUGACCGGGAGUUGAGCUUCACUCAAAAGAUGAAACACGGCCGUGAAGCGUGUGAACCCGAUGAGCCGGUGACACCUAAGAAAGUUCGAAGGUCACAUUUGUUCAACCAACUUAUCGAAACCCCAAUGUUUCAGUACAAUCCUUAUGGGCGUAACGGAUCUGAUAUGUCAUGUUCAUCAACAUCCGGAGAUGAAACCAUGAACAACAUGUCUCCGGGAACACCGCCGAUCUUUAACCACCGAAACUCGAGCCGGAGAAAGGGCAUCCCUCGGCGCGCACCAUUCUAAACGGUCGGGAACUCAAGAUCGAGUGAAUCAUAGUCAUCAACCUUGUAACUUCCAUCUGGUGGCAUUAUCAUAUCUUGGGAUUAUGGGUUCAAAUUCCUCCCUCCUUCUAAAGGAAGGUAUACAUAUAUAUAUAUAUAUAUAUAAUGUAUAUAUAUAGACAUAUCAGUAUAGUUGUGAAAAGAUGAUACAUACUGGUUGCUAUAAGUUAGAAUAAGACUUUGUGGUUGAUUUUUUGUACAUUUAUGUUUUUGAUUUUUGUUGAAUUUAGGAAAAGAAAAAGGUAUAAGUUAGAUUGUAUAUGAAGUGUACAUAAGUAGGCACUUGAAUCGUAUGUGUACGAUACAGUGAACGUGUUUUACGUGCCAUAGCGACUUGUUCGAAACUUACAGUAAACGAAUGUGUGUAUAUAUAUAAUUCCAAUAUCGGUUAAAAAUCCGUGUUACCCGUUGUCGUUU